GGAGGCUGGGAAGGAUAGUGAGUGAUGAAUGCUUCUCUCUCAUGCAGUAUGGCUGCCAUGAGUUUCUGCCACGUGUCACUCCGCCCACCGGAACUCUCCAGCGUCACCUCCAAUUACCGCACUUCCGCCGCAUUUCCUUCUACAACCAGAAGCUUUUCCGUUUCCGCCGCUGCGUCGCCGGAAACCUCCACCGCACCUUCGGAACAACCUGAAAUCGAGCUAGAAUUCCUUGGUCCUAAAUCAGGAGAUGCAGUAAACAGAGCCAAAGCCAUAAGUGGAGAGAAGCUGCUGAGGAACAUAAUGUUGGAUAACAAAAUUGAGCUCUACGCCAUUUAUGGGAAACUAAUGAAUUGUGGAGGUGGUGGAAGCUGUGGAACUUGUAUAGUCGAGAUUAUCGAUGGAAAGGAUCUCCUGAAUGAGAGAACGAAUACAGAGCUUCGAUAUCUCAAAAAGAAGCCGGACUCUUGGAGACUUGCAUGUCAAACUAUUGUAGGAAAUAAAGAGAACUCUGGAAAGGUGGUUGUCCAAAGGCUGCCCCAACAGAAAUGAUCAAAAAUAUUCUGGAUCCAAGCUUCUAUGCUGCUUUUAUCUUCAUUGGAAUAUGGUAGAUUGUCUGGAACAUUUUCAGGUUUGCAUAGGGAACUAUAUUAGUUUAGUGUUGAUUGUUUUCAUUGGGGAUAUAUGGUACUAUAGUCACCAUUGUAUUGUGUAUACACUAGUUCAUGAUUCUUAUUUUACAAUAUGAUCUUCUAUGACAUUCAAAUUUAUAUGAAACGAACACGAUUUGAUGGAA